ACCUUUAAUCCAGUGCAGUCUAGACCAGACUGCACUACCAACAAAGACAGGAAGGAAACCUGCAGAAGUUUGAUAGAGGGCAGGUGGAUUUGGACUUCUUUGAAAAUAUAAGGCACACAAAAAAAACCUAAACCCAACCCAAUUGUUGACGUUUCUCUGGAGAAGUUCUGAGAUGUUGUUGGCAUUAUUCACUCGGUGGAUGUGGAUCUUGCUGGGAAAGACCACUGUCCUGUUGCUUCUGGAGGUCCCUCUAGAGGGUAACGCUUUACCUCCAAUACGGUAUUCUCACGCUGGGAUAUGUCCAAAUGAGAUGAACCCCAACCUGUGGGUAGAUGCACAGAGCACCUGCAAGAGAGAAUGUGAUACAGACCUGGAAUGUGAGACCUUUGAGAAGUGCUGUCCUAAUGUCUGUGGGACAAAGAGUUGCGUGGCAGCUCGGUACAUGGACAUCAAGGGGAAGAAAGGACCCGUCGGGAUGCCUAAAGAGGCAACUUGUGACCGUUUCAUGUGUAUCCAGCAAGGCUCAGAGUGUGAUAUCUGGGAUGGACAGCCUGUAUGCAAAUGCAAAGAUAGGUGUGAAAAAGAGCCCAGCUUUACCUGUGCCUCUGAUGGACUCACCUAUUACAACAAGUGUUAUAUGGAUGCAGAAGCUUGCACCAAAGGCAUUACUCUAAAUGUAGUCACUUGCCGGUACCAUCUCACCUGGCCAAAUACCAGCCCUAUCCCUCCAGAGACUACAGUGCGCCCUACCACAGCCUAUUCAGAGACAACCAUCAUUGAUAUCCUGCCACCCGCUCUAGUUAACAAUCCAGUCCAUCAGUCAGUCUAUGUGGGAGAGACUGUGAGCUUUCUUUGCGAUGUCACAGGCAGACCCAAACCAGAAAUUACUUGGGAGAAGCAAAUAGACAGUAAGGAAAAAAUCAUUAUGAGGCCGAAUCACGUCAGGGGGAAUGUCGUGGUUACCAACAUUGCCCAGCUGGUAAUCUAUAACACCCAGCUGCAAGAUGCAGGCAUUUACACAUGCACUGCAAAAAACAUCGGUGGUCUUCUCAGAGUUGAUUUCCCAUUGUCAGUUGUCAAAGGAGAACCUGCAUCAAAAGAAGCAUCCCAAAACAAAACCCAUUUCCCAACUGAUGAGUGUCUAAAGCAGCCAGACAGUGAAGACUGUGGGGAAGAGCAGACGAGGUGGUAUUAUGAUGCAAAGAAAAACAACUGCUUUACAUUCAUUUAUGGGAACUGUAAUAGCAACCUGAACCACUUUGAGACCUAUGAGAACUGUAUGUUAACAUGUAUGAAUGGCCCAAUCAACAUCUGCAACCUGCCAGCCCUUCAGGGUCAUUGCAAAGCCUAUGAGCCCAGAUGGGCGUACAACAGUUUGACAAAGCAAUGCCAAUCUUUCAUUUAUGGUGGCUGUGGAGGCAAUGAGAAUAACUUUGAGAGCAAAGAGGCCUGCGAAGAGAUGUGCCCUUUCCCUAAAAACACUCACUGCAAAGCCUGCAAGCCUCGCCAAAAGCUGGUGACGAGCUUCUGCAAAAGCGACUUUGUUAUCCUGGGCCGUAUAACAGAACUAACUGAAGACCAAGACUCGGGACACGCAUUGGUGACAGUGGAGGAGAUUCUAAAAGAUGAAAAAAUGGGAUUAAAAUUCCUGGGGAAGGAACCUCUAGAAAUCACCCUUUUAAAUAUGGACUGGAGCUGCCCAUGCCCCAAUAUGACCACAGUGGAUGGUCAGCUUAUCAUCAUGGGUGAUGUCCACAAUGGGAUGGCCGUGCUGCAGCCAGACAGCUUUGUGGGCAUUUCCAGUGUCCGGCGUGUACGGAAGCUCCGUGAAGUCAUCCACAAGAAAACCUGUGAGCUUCUGAAAGAAUUCUUAGGACUACACUAACCUUACUCACGUGUGUCAGCCUUUCAGCUCUGUUUAUUAUAUAGGGCUAACAAAAGCAAGGCUAGUGUGGAAACUAAAGACAAGCUACUGUCUGAAGAUACAAUGUAUGUAAUAUGCAGAACCCUUAUUUUAAUCCAUUAAUCAUGCUUGGCAACAAUGUAGUAUGCCCUUUGGCAAGCACAUAAAAUAUCAAUGAAUGGCUAUUAAUCUUACUUUGAAAUCAACCUGUUUGUAUAGAAUUGCCAUUUAACUAGCGGAUUUAUGCAAUAAUUAUAUAUUUUUGUGUAGUUUCCAACAUAAAUGACCAAAUUCAUCGCAUUUUUGUAGCUAAUUGAUACAUAGCUAAAUUGCACGUACUGUCGAUUUAAUCUGUCUCACUUACAGCAUGCAAAUGUUAUGGUAAAUCAUUAAAAAUAAGUCACAAACUUCUGUUUCCUCAUGGUAACACUAAGUACAUUACAAGAGAAGAAAUUGUAAAUGAUUGUCUAUAUUGACUAUAAUUAUACAUGUCAAGUCAAUCUAUGCAUUAUGAAUUUGCUCACCUUUUCACAGAAAUCCACAUAGCAAUUUUCUCUGGAUUGUGCCAAUUUUGAAUACAAGGCCUGCAGUCCUUACUCACGGGGAAAAAAACAUUGAAGUAAACUGGGCAAUCAUCCUGGGUCUAAUAACCAUGAAAACAAAUACACGUCCAAAGGCAAAACCACGAUUUCACAAUGUUUUGAGUCCAACAUCAACACCAUUCAUUCCUAUUUUUGUUUUAAAUCAAUGUGGUGUAAAGCUAAUGUGAAGAGUCUUUGGAAGUGGGAUGUCUGCCAUCUUGGUUUUGGAAGGCCAUUGCAUCUGAGCAUGUGUGGGGAUCUAUUGCUUAAUUGUUAACAUGCCUGAUUUUCCAGGUAAUAGAGUAGAAUUAUAGCAGUCAGAAUACAAUUAAAGAUAGAAAAGUGCCAUACACAUUCUAACAAUUAUGUGACACAGCCAGAGAGAAAAGCAGAGCGGCGUACACACAUUAUAGACACAUUCAUAAACAAACACACAGUGGGUGCACUUUAAAAGCUUCAAUUAAUCUGAACUCCCCCCCAUUCUCAACAGUAUUCCCCAUUAUAUAUAGGAAAUCUCUCUGAAAUCAGAUAAAACAUUCGAAGUAUGGCCACUGUAUAUAUGUGUAUGUAUAAAUACGCAUGCAGCAAGAGAAAGAAAUAGGCAUGUGUGUAUAAACACUAUUGAUCAUUACUAAUACUUAUGUGUCUAAAAGGUAAAUUUUGCAUAUGCACAAUUUUUAAUAACAAAAAGGGUGAUCUCAGAAAUACCCUGCCUCGGUUAAGGAAUGUCACUGAGCUGAGAUUAUGCGCGUAUAUGCUUACAUAUGUCAUUCUUAUCAUUAUUACUAUUCUCUUUGUUCAGUUGUUUAAGUGAGCUCCAACAAUAGCGUCUACUGUUGCACGAAAGACCAGCUCAAGCACGGAUCUGGGUUGAGAAAUGUUUUAGCUUAAAGGUAAGAGGGUGUUGUUAAUAUUACUCUGUGGUGCCAUCUACUGGCUAAUCCAAGAGCCAGCAGGAGGUAGCUAGAGCCUUGCAUUCCAGAUGGUAAAAGGUCCUGAGACAGCAGUCUCUCUCUCUCUCUCUCUCUCUCUCUCUCUCUCACACACACACACACACACACACACACACACACACACACUCUUGCAGGUGUAUGUUGGGUCUGAUUAUGAAUAAGACAUGGGGAAGUCUGUGUAAAAAGUUUACCUGGCUAGAUGCUGAAUUUAAGCACUUCACUGGAGACUCCUAAUCCCUAAAAUCCACAUAUAUUGUAUAUUUUGCAAGUGGCAACAUAGACUUCAAGGAUGAAAUUUAAUGGACAAUAAGAAUGCUUAAAUAUGGCCUGAUGCAACUUUUAAAUAUAGGGCCUGACUUAUUUACACUAGGGCUCCUUUACGCUACUCUGGCAAUAUGAAGAUGCCUUAAAGUGCAUUUUCACCCACCUUAAGGCUCCUAAACAGUGUAAAGGGAUUUUAGUGUAAGUGAGAAUCAAACCCGUUUGUUUUACCCUGGUCUGGGAUACAAUUCAUCAACAUGCACGUUCUAAGCAAAGCCUGACAGAAGGGUUUCAAAAAACAAAGUCAGUAUUAAGGCUCUUCUUAGCUACCAAUUUUUUUAAAAGCCAAGUGUGCUAUUGGUCUCUACAGCAGCACAUUGUC